AUGGAGUGCUGGAAACAUUCCCGAUCCAUAGAUGUGGAGGCCAUCAAGAAGACACCAUCAUUCACCACUCUACCAAUCCGCAGGAACGAGCGAAACGAUGUCGCAAAUUCAGCCACCAGAAGAGCUCUUCAGGACUGGGACCAUGCUCUGCAUGACGGCCUGGCUGAGAAAGCACUGAUAUCCACCAGUGAGCUGGGGAAUCUAGGCGCUUUUGCUUAUCCCGAGGUGCCUCCCGAGAGACUGGCAAUUUUGACCUACUUGACGGACUUAGGAAUGCUCCAUGAUGAUGGGUACGAGGCAAUGGAUAUGGAUCAAGCCAGGGCAGAACAUCGUGACUUUGGUGCUCUCUUUGACCCCAAUGGGCAGCCACUGUCGUCAUGUCGAAGCACCCGUGCUCCGAAGUUGAAGAAGCUGGUGUCACAAAUCUUACUGGAGGCGAUCCGCAUUGACCGUGACUUGGGUAUGUACAUGUUCGACAUGUAUAAUAAAGGGUGGCUGUCCGCUGCAGGGGGUAAAGAGGGCAAAGCGCCUGAGUUUAAAUCCUUGGAGGAAUACCAAGCCUACAGGAGGGAUGAUUUCGGCAUCAGGGCAUUCUGGCCGAUGGUGGAAUUUGGCAUGGCCAUGCGUCUGUCGGAUGACGAUAAGAAACUCAUCGAGCCCGUUAUGGAACCUAUUGACAAAGCAAUCAUCUGGACCAAUGAUUACUGGAGCUUCGAUCGGGAGUACCAUGAGUCUAUAAACAGCGGAACUCGGCUCACUAACGUGGUGGAAGUGGUUCGUCGGACUGAGAACAGCUCUAUCGAUGAGGCGAAAGCGAAGGUUCGCCAGCUUAUCGUCGAUCUGGAACAGCAAUAUCUUGAAGGAAAAAGCCUGAUUUAUGCGCAAAAUCCAUCUCUUCCCUUCCACGUGAGGAAGUGGAUUGAGGUGGUAGGGAGUACCGUGGCUGGCACUCACUACUGGGCCAGUUGCGCUCCCCGUCACCAUGCGUGGAAGUCCAGCUUCGGCAGUCGUUCAUCUGAAGAUUCAAAGCUAACACCAACCCAAUCGAAUCCAGAAAUCAAUGCACAGGAUGAGUUCAUGAAGCUGAAUUACCAAUUUGCAUUAGACAAUCAUGAUAUGGAGCAAUUCAUGCGAGCUUUAUUGGCACUUCUCUCGGCGGUAGUCAGACAGUGCGAGAGCCUAUUCGGUGGCGGAGACCAGAAGAGAACCAAGCUAAUCCGAUCUGAUGAGGCGACAAAAGGGGUGUUAUCCUUUGAAGUUUGCAGCAAAGGAACCCAGGAGGCUGAAGGACUGUGGUACAAGCCCGCCGACACAGCCCUUCAAGCACCAGUACAGUAUAUCUGUUCCAUGCCCUCAAAGGGGGUCCGAACCCGAAUGAUCGAAGCAUUGAACUACUGGCUUGAGGUGGAUGAGGUAGCCUUGGCCAAAAUUGGGGAGCUGGUCGAUCUCCUGCAUAAUGCGUCUCUGAUUCUAGACGACAUUGAAGACAACUCCCCCAAGCGACGAGGAAAGCCCGCCACACACACAAUAUUCGGUCACUCGCAAGCGAUCAACAGCGCUAAUUUCAUGUUCGUUCAAGCCGUCCAGCUUGCCCGCCAGUUCCGCAACCCGAACGCUGUUGAGAUCCUACUCGAGGAACUAGAGAACCUGUAUUUGGGACAAAGUUGGGAUUUGAACUGGAAAUAUAAGUCCAAAUGCCCGUCACCCUCUGAAUACCUGAAUAUGGUCGACAACAAAACCGGGGCCAUGUUUCGUCUUCUAUUGAGACUCAUGCAGGCCGAAAGGCAGGGCACGGCAGUCGAGGUUAACCUGGACGGCCUUACUGUCCUGUUUGGGCGGUUCUUUCAGAUUCGUGAUGAUUACAUGAACCUUCGCUCCGGCCUAUACACCGAGCAGAAAGGAUUCUGUGAAGACCUUGACGAAGGCAAAUUUUCUUAUCCAAUUGUCCUUUGCGUUGUGAAUCAUGCGGACUUUGGGGACCUCAUUGAGGGCGUCUUCCGGCAGCGGCCUACUGCCAUUACUACUGGUGGAAUGCAACCGCUGGCUCUCGAGAUCAAGCAAUAUAUUGUCGAAUAUCUCGAAACCAGUGGAACUUUUGAGCAGUGUCGGGAUUACCUGAUGCAACUGGAAGGAUUGAUCAAUGGUGAAAUCGACCGGAUUGAGAAGGUCACCAACGAGGCCAAUCCAAUGCUACGACUUUUGUUGGAAAGGCUGAGUGUGAAGGAGGAUUAA